CUCUCCUCCGGUCCUCCCUCCCCCCGGCCUCUUCAGUUGAAGUGACAUGUUGAGCAGACGACACACAUACUAGAAGGUUUACGGACGGCGCCUGCUUAUUUUCACUAACGGAAACGACAGUUAUCUCGUUGGCAUCUGAGUGUACACCAUUUUCAGGAGAUGUCCUUGGAAAAACUUGAAUUAGAUGUGGCUUUGAAGUUAGCCAUUGUUGAUAAAUCUUUAACAAAAGUAGAGGAUUAUCGGAAGCAAUUGCAAGAAAAUGCCAGGAAGGUGAAGGAAGAUAUUCACGAAGCUGUUGAUCGUCAAGUUGUAGCACUCAGGGGACGGGAACGUCAGUUGGUUCGCCAAGUUGAGGUUGUGACAGCUCAUCAGAAUUGUCUACUUAGCACUCAGCAAGCAGGAUUGAUGCACAGUCAGGGCGCACUGACAGCUACAAAAAACUUGCUACAGCGUUGUACUUCUGCGGACAUAUCGACCCUUUCAAAAAUCAACAUGGAUGAUAUCCCUUGCACAAAUAUCCAGCCUAUCAAUUUGGUAUCUGUGGAGUUGAAAGAAGUUGCUUUGACUUCUGCUAUUGGAGCCUUUGGAAGUGUUCAGUUACCUGAGACAAUCACUCAUCACCCAUCACCAGUUAUUCCGGCUAAGGUUGAAGAAUAUGAAGAUGAAGACCAUGAUGUGCUACACAAAAGUGUAGCAGGAGCAGCAUCAGGACCUGAUUCUCCCAUGCGAAUUACUGUUCAGUUCCCAAGGUUGAAUCAGCAGAGUUGGUUGAUUGACCACAAGCAAGGAACAAGUGUAACGGGCUUUACAUCCAAGGUUCAGAGGGUAGGAGAUUCAAAGUGCACCGUUACUUCAUGGCUUAGUAAUUUGCAGUUAUCUGGAACCCAGGAUGAGGAAGAAACUGUCCCAACUUCUUCCAGUAUUGGGAGUUUUGAUCUAAUGUCAAAUUGUGGUUCAACACCUGCGCUAACUUCAGAGAGUUCAAGUAUUGAGAUUGUGCCUAGCCAUUUUGAUUCAGAUAAGGAGGAGUGUAGCACCCUAGGAUCUGUGUGUGAGAUAGAAAAUCUUUCAAACUGUAUGCAGGACAAAUCAUGUUGGCUUAGACCAAAGCAGACCUCAUCGGAGUUGUCAUCAGUGCAGCAGAUCAAAAUAGCUGAUGUUUGUCAAGCUAAUGAACCCUGUUCCAACUUCUCAGAGUGCAUUUGCAAAGGCAGCUGUGUUGAUUCUGCUCUUCAAAAAGCCAAGCAGUCUGCUGCAUACCAAGCAAAAAUUAGUCGAAAGCGAACCAUCUCUGAAGUGUACAAUUCUAAUCCUGUGCUGUCACACAUGGCAGAUAUUCUCACAUCAGACAAUUCAAAAUGGUUAGUUAAAAACUGUUCCAGCCUUGCCCACUUGCCAAAGCGGUCCAUGUAUAAAGCUCCAGGUGAAAUGUGGUUGUCAUCACCUACAACAGUGUCUGCCACCUCACCUCAGGCUGCUAUUGUGCUGAGCACUCACUCCAACAUUUGGCUGUUGCACAAGUUAAAAGCAGAGAAGACUAAAGAGAAAAAAGAGAAGAUUGAAGAUGAUGAUGAGAAAAAGGAAUUCAGACAAACUGCUAGUGAUGAGCUGGCUAAGAAGUUGAAAGACUUUGGAUUGCACCGUGAAAAUGUAACCAACAAAGAGCCUGUUUUUAGCACUGAUACCCAUCAUCAGCCAGUUACCUUCUUGGUAACAGUAGUAAUAACAGUAUUUUUGAUAAUAAAAUUCUUCGAUGAUAAAAUGCAUGACUUGACUUUAGAUAAGAGCCCUUGGCUUGCUUGCAGCUCUGCAACUAGUCCAAAGUUAAAGCUAAGUAAAACAUCAUUGUCUCUGCCUUUCGUUCCUGAUUCCAUGUUAACUGUUGCACAAACAAUUUAGAUAG